CAGGACGCCAGGGGGAUCUUGCGGGUCCCAGAGGCGCGACUUGUGCACGUCCCUUUGGACGUGUAGGGUUCACCCUGGGCAGCUAAUGCGGGGCCCAGGAAAGCGGGCGAAGAGAGCUGGACGUGGGAAAGGACUUUGGGAGUCCCAGGACUUGGCGUGUGCAAAGCCCGGGGAGUGGCGGCGAUGGCGGGGGCGGGGCUGGGGGCAAAUCCUGGUGGCCCGAGAAGUGGCAGAGAAACUUGGACUGACGGGGGUACUGAGCUGCAUCUCUGCACCCCGGAGUGGGUCUGCGGGAGAGAAGAAGGGGCCCUGGACCUUCUGAAGAAGCUGCACAGCUGCCAGAUGUCCAUCCAGCUACUACAGACAACCAGGAUUGGAGUUGCUGUUAAUGGGGUCCGCAAGCACUGCUCAGACAAGGAGGUGGUGUCCUUGGCCAAAGUCCUCAUCAAAAACUGGAAGCGGCUGCUAGACUCCCCUGGACCCCCAAAAGGAGAAAAAGGAAAGGAAAGAGAAAAAGCAAAGAAGAAGGAGAAAGGGCUUGACUGUUCAGACUGGAAGCCAGAAGCAGGCCUUUCUCCACCAAGGAAAAAACGAGAAGACCCCAAAACCAGGAGAGACUCUGUGGACUCCAAGUCUUCUGCCACCUCCUCUCCAAAAAGGCCAUCAGUGGAAAGAUCAAACAGCAGCAAAUCAAAAGCGGAGAGCCCCAGAACACCUAGCAGCCCCUUGACCCCCACGUUUGCCUCCUCCAUCUGUCUCCUGGCCCCCUGCUAUCUCACAGGGGACUCUGUCCGGGACAAGUGUGUGGAGAUGCUGUCAGCAGCCCUGAAAGCGGACGAUGAUUACAAGGACUAUGGAGUCAACUGUGACAAGAUGGCAUCAGAAAUCGAAGAUCAUAUCUACCAAGAGCUCAAGAGCACAGACAUGAAGUACCGGAACCGCGUGCGCAGCCGCAUUAGCAACCUCAAGGACCCCAGGAACCCCGGCCUGCGGCGGAAUGUGCUCAGUGGGGCCAUCUCUGCAGGGCUCAUAGCCAAGAUGACAGCAGAGGAAAUGGCCAGUGAUGAACUGAGGGAGUUGAGGAAUGCCAUGACCCAGGAGGCCAUCCGUGAGCACCAGAUGGCCAAGACCGGCGGCACCACCACUGACCUCUUCCAGUGCAGCAAAUGCAAGAAGAAGAACUGCACCUAUAACCAGGUGCAGACACGCAGUGCUGAUGAGCCCAUGACUACCUUUGUCUUAUGCAAUGAAUGUGGCAAUCGCUGGAAGCCUCCUUGGAGGAUGCUGAGAAACCUUUCAAAUUUUGUUGCCUUUCUGGUUUUGUAGUUCUGCUGAUGGAACGGCCAGGACCGCCAUGAACAAGGUGAGGAAGAACAAAGAGGAAGCGCUGAACUGUCUAAACUGGAGAAGCAAUAAAAAUUAAAGUGAAGGAAGAUACUGAACUCUGAGUGGGGUGGUAUGAGUUGGAGGAAGAAUUCUCUUGCAAAUUAAUAAUCGGUCAUUAGAAACAAUUGGUUAAGUGGGGAGACUAAUUGGAGUAUGAUGCUGAGAAUCUUAUUGAUGAACCUCUUGUAGAAACUGCAGAGGACCAGGCACAGUGGCUCAUGGCUGUAAUAUGCAAACUCCUGGAGACUGAGGUGGGAGAAUCACUUGACCCCAGAAGUUUGAGUCCAGCCCGGGCAACAUAGCAAGACCCCAUCUCUACAAAAAUAAAAGAAAAAGAAAAAAUAAAGAAACUGCAGCGUGUUAGACCUGAGGUGUCGUAUCUUUGAUAGUAGGCUGGCAGACCUUUGCUUUGAGUUCCUUCUCUCCCAUCUGGAUCUCCCAGCCUUUUUCUGAAUUGAAAAAUGCCAGAUCAACACAAAGCUCACCCGCCCCCCGACUUCAGAGUCACACGUGCAGAACAGCUGAUACACCGUUUGGCUUCAGCAGAUAUUAUUUCCAUACUAUGUACUAGGUUGCAGCAAAAGUAAUUGCGGUUUUUGGAAUUACUUUUGCAGUAACCUAAUAGAAAUAUUUCUUCCCUACUCUUUCCUCAUCUCUUCCCAAACUCUUUGCUAUUCCCUGUUCACAGCUGGCUGUGGGGGCUUUUGAGGACUCCAGAUCAUAUCCCUCUAGGCAGGGAACAAAUCCUCUUGAGCUGGGCUUUCUGAGUGAAGAUUACAGCAGCACUCUGACUUCCAUGGCCCCUUGAAAGUCCUGAGCCUCAGAACCCACCCAGGCCCUAGCAAUGUGUCCCUCACAGCUCCAUCUGUGACCUGAGCUUCACAAGACAUCUGCAGAGCACAGAGACUUUGCCAUGCUUCUCCCAUGAUAAUUAUUGGCUUGCUUUUUUUGUUUUUGUUUUUCUUUUUUAGAGGCUGGAAUGCAGUGGUGUGAUCUCGGCUCACUGCAAU